CAAAAACCAGUGACUCCAGGCUUUGCAGUCAGGGAUUAGGUGUGAAUGCAUAUAUAUACCCACCCCCCUGCAGCAGCCAUCAGUUCGGUGCUUUCCAGGCGUCAAACACAGCUGUUCAACCAUGUCUCACUCAGGUACUAAAGGCAGCAUGGGCAGCCACUCCAUGGGGCUCCGAAACAAAAAGCAGAUAUUCCUCUAUGAGUUUGAAAACUUCCAAGGUCGCAAGAUGGACCUGUUCGCAGAGUGUCCCAACCUGACUGAGAAGGGUCUCGAGAAAAUCGGUUCCAUCAGGGUGGAGUCUGGACCCUGGGUGGGCUAUGAGCAGCAGAACAUGACUGGAGAGAUGUUCAUGCUGGAGAAGGGAGAGUACCCCCGCUGGGAUACCUGGUCCAACAGCUCCAGGUGUGACAGCCUGAUGUCAGUCAGGCCAGUCCAAAUGGAUGCCCAGGACCACAAGAUCUGUCUGUUUGAGAGCCCCAACUUUGAAGGGCGCAAGAUGGAAGUAUGUGAUGAGGACAUCCCCAGUCUGUGGUCCUACGGCUUCCAGGACCGCGUGAGCAGCAUCCAGGUCACAGGUGGAACCUGGGUGGCCUACCAGUAUCCUGGAUACCGUGGCUACCAGUAUGUUUUGGAGGUUGGCUCUUUCAAGCACUGGGAUGAGUGGGGGGCCCACAGUCCUCAAAUCCAGUCGAUCCGCAGGGUGAAGGACAUGCAGACCCACCGCAGGGGGUGCUUUGAGUAAUCCAGCUGUCUACACUUGGGAAGAAGAGCAGCAGCCCUCCUGCUGGACGCCACUGAUGCGCCAUGGCUGCAGGUCUCAAACACAUUAUUCAUCACGCAGGAGGUUAUUGUCAACGUAAAUGAACUUGUUUUACCGCUAUUUAUAUAUAUAAUUCCUGUUACAUUGAAGUGCUUACCCGCUUACUACAUGUAAAGAUCCCAAGCAGAUGUAUCAGAGCACACCGCCGCUGCAGUAAGCUCACCAAGCAGAGGGAGGCGCUGUUGUAUCGCUUGACUUCAGCAGCGUUUGAACCACCUGCGGUUCUGAACAUCUUCUAACUGGCUUGUUUCAGUUCUUUGGUGUGGCAGUUCACACUUUCUCAGGGAUGUUGACAUCUGGAAAGCAUCUUUCCAUUCGAAGUAAAAUACUGCCAACUCAAAUAAAUCCACUUUUCCACUG